GAAUGAUGGUUUGCGGUACUAUCGGCAGGUUUGUUGUUAUAGUAAGAGUAUUGAACUUUGGUGGAUUGUUAGCUAACUAGGAAAAUCUCUCAAUUUAUAAGACAACUAACAACAAAAAACGAGAUGACAGUGGAAUAAUAGGUUUGAUUCUAGUAAUUAACCCCUACAUGUCAAAUUGUCCCUUGUAAAUAGAAGAAAAAGGUCAAACUUAAAUAUUAAGGGUCAGGCUAGUAUUAUGAGUUGUGGAUGUGUCCAUUUUAAAAGUUGUCGUAGUUAACUGACAUCCGUUAGGUUUAAAAACUAGAGGUGGGUUUUCUAUUACGGGCUGGCAAAAGCUAUGCUAUCAUGCUUUACUGCCCUCUCGUUUAUAAACUUGUGAAACCGAUAAUUGCUAUCUAGAAUAAAAGUUAGGAGAGCAGAAUAUCUUCCAGCUUCACCUAACACUUAACUUCUCAUCGAAUCUUAUCAAGUACUUAGACAUAACCUACCUUACGAACAAGUAUUUCUUUUGUAACUAAGUCUAAUCAUAUUGAGCUCACAUUUUGCCAUAUACCUGGUAUACUUUAUUGUUUUCAAGCAUUUAAGAAUCAUUUGCUGCCAAUUUUUGUCCAAUUGGUAACAAAUCAGAAGUCGCCUACCACAACUGUAGAUUUGACUUAAAACAUGAUUAGUUGGUACCAUCGUUCUCACCAUUAAAGGGGUCACGGGUAUUCAGGGUUUGACAGCGCUUUUGUUCAUAACAACUUUGUAAUAGAAAAAUCCCAAAAUCAGGCGAAUCAGAAGUCGGGAUUGAAUGGGUUUGAAGAUAUAUUCGUAAGGUAUUCGCGAUGUGCUUGGUCUAGGCUGACUAGUUCCGCGUGUUAGGUAGCACAAAUUACCAAACGACGAUUCGGUGAGGAUGCUUGACUGAGCACCCUCAGCUACGGCGUGGCUAGUAAAGCCACAAACUGACCUAUAAUCAUAUUUUAAGUCAAAACAGAUUAGGUUGUCAAUGUUUUACACGCUAAUAGAUUUCAGAAGGGCUUAGCAACUAAGUAACAACACAUCCUAAAGAAAGGGUUCUCAUUAAAAAAUCAAAGACUUCAAAGAACCAGGUCCGAGUUCUAUCUACAGGUUUGUAAUUCUCGUUCAUUCAGUUUUGGCUUACUCAUAAAAUUGAAACCGAUGCUUCCAUGGAUUAAAAAUUAGUGUUGUUUUUGGAGCGUAUCCGGGUCACUAGAAUUUCAUUCAGUCGAUUGGAUACCAUUAGCUAAUUGUAAUAUACUUAUAUAUCUUAUUGUAGAAAAUGAACUUUUAAUUUUUGAAUCUACGUAAUAUUAUUCACACUAAAUGUUUACUAUUCUAGCUGGAUGCCCAUUUUAACCCUGAUUGUAGGUUCCAUAGUCAUUCAUAUUUAGGCUCUCAGGAUAGGAGGCCAAAGACUUGUCAUUCCUUUUCUAGUAGGCUUCUGAGUGUCUAAUGUUAAGGUACAAACACCACUUCCGGUUGUAGGUUUCAAGAGUUGAUUACUCAGUGGGAAUCCCUGUAUUCUACGGAAAUCUUGUUCGUUCUUGGCGACAAGACUCCUGUGCUGCAUCCUCUGAAUUGUCCUGACGGAAAAAAAGUAGUAUAGCAUUCUAUACAUCACAAGUAAAUUACCUAGUCUAUGUAAUAUAGUAUAAAGAGGUCUAAAUUUUCAAGCUUCGCUAUGUAUGUAUAGUAAGGAGCAUAACUCCGGAAUGGCGUGGGCGUCCUCUCUACAUUUGACAAGAAAAUCUGAGUCACAUUUUAGUUGAGCUUGCGAUUUACUCUCAUUUUUUUUGCUCCAGAACUCACUAGGACUGAAUAAACCGUUGUGAACACAUUUUACUCUGACCCGGUGAAAGUUAACCUCAACGCCCAUGCGGUUCUAAGCUCCACACGUUAGUAUAGUGUGGUCUCACGAUAACCCUUUGGUUCUUAUGGGUUACGGCUAAAGAUACUCGUUAUUUGUAGUUGCGCGAUCAGUGUGCUCGUAGAUGCGCUUAGCCAACUUUAUAGGCAUUAACUUUAGAUCUGCCUACCGGGACGUUGAAGUUGGUUUGAAGAGCCCUUACUUCAGAAACUACAGCUCGCCAUAUUACUUGAAACAACGUGUAAACUCCAGUAAUGAACGUUAAUCUGUUGCGUCAGAGUUUCAAAGAGCCACAUUUGUGCAUCAAGUUGUGCUUGCUGUUACUGUGAAAUUCGGUUGAGCUGGUCAUAUGAUAUCGCCAUCUUGAAUGUGUUUUCCUUUACACGUCCCCAUCGUUAUAAUCUCUUAUUACGACUCAGUUACUCUUAUUACUUAGUAUUCUUUGGACACUAUUUCACUCAGCAAGUCUCCAGAUCGGAGACACGGUUAAUCAAAAAUGUAAUUAUGUUUGAAAUAAACAAAGUUGAAUAGAAGUAGGAAUCACAAUAAGAAAAACGUUAGUAUAUUCAUAAUUCUACGCAAUAAGAUUCUAGAAUCUUUUCCAAGAGUUCUCUAGCGUUCAUUGGCUAAAAAAUGACCAAUCAUCGUGCCCAAACACAAUAUUGCACGGAACAUGCUUCAAUCAUAUUCAUAUACCAUAUAAAAUAUGAUAGCGACCCAUCUUUACAUGUUUGGUAUUUGACAUUGAAGUUUUCUGUUGAUCAAUUUGUGUGUUAUUAGUUAUGUUUUGUCUCCCUCAUGAUGGUUUUUUCAGAUCGAUAGGUUAUUUGUCAAUAUUGCUGUAAGGCAUUCAAUGUUUUGGUAUUUUUUUGUGGUUGUCUGCUACUUUUAAAUUGUUUAGCAUCUCUGCAUUCUUAGUUAUCAAAAGUGACUGUGAAGCAGAGCUUUUUGCACGACAGUGGUUGUUAUUACUUGCAAUUAUGCAUAUUCAACUAAUGUGAGUUCAGCGUUCACACUGUUGUACCAGUUAUUUCAGUUUUCACUUUACAUUACAUCUUUGACCUGAGCAAAGGCAUGUGAGCCUAUGAAAACUGUGUUUAGUUCGGGCCAUUUGAUUUUAUUCUUUAAUGCGAACAUAAAAAGAUCAUCUUAAAAGCCGUGAAAGGAUAAUAACUAAACAUCAAAAAAUAUUUAUUGUUACAUGAGUGAACUGUUUAAUCAUCUGAAAAUUCUCUUAUCUCACUUACAAAAGCUAUUGCUUUUACGACAUUUUAACUGAAAAUUGAAGUAAAAAUUGUAGUUUUUUAACGUUGGAACAGCUGAGACCACACUAUGUACUUGAUAAGUAAAAAACUACAAUUGCUUUAGAAAGGUAUUCCAGGUCUUACUAAAAUUUCUCAUUUGGGGAAAUCACACCUUACCUGAUUAUCUACUACCAUUUGCAUUUCAGAUUCACUGAUCUAAGAAAGUAAAUUUCAAUUUCUUAGACAGAAAAAUGAAACAUGGAGUCAGCAACUAUUAGAAGUCAAUUAAUGUUACUUUUUGACAAUUUAAAAAGUAUUCAACCAAAUGAACGGGAUAAUUUAAUAACGUUUAUAAAAAAGAAUUUAUCACAAUUACAAGAAAAUAAUGAAAAAAGUGAUAUAUACCAGAGUAGCAAUAUCAGCAGUAACAGCUAUCCGUGUUGUAGUAGUGGAAAUGUGGAUAAUACUACUUCUGUUAUCACUACUACUGCAACUACUACUAAUGUUAGUUUAACUAGUAACUCCUCAGCGUAUGCGAAUGUAAAAUCUUCAGAAUUAUAUGACUUAACAAAUAUCAAUGUAGACAGUCUUCAGCUAUCAUUUGAAGCAACUCAUGAAUCAGUAGCGACAUUCGUCGAUGAGGUGAAUGAUUUUUCUGCACUAACAAUGCAACACAAUACUACUAGCCUAACGGGUCAUAAUUGCUCAGAGGCAAUCUAUGUGAACGAAUGUUUAUCCAUGGCUACAAAUGCUCCAACAUUUAACUGCUCAAAUUUGAAUAGGGAAUCAAAUUUUCAUGAAACGCUUCAAGAACAAAAUCCUAUCCCAUUAGACAGUAAUGUGACCGACAAUAAUCACACAUCAAAUUCUAUCAGAAAUUAUGAGGGAUCCAAUUAUGAAACCUAUUUAAAUUGUCCAUUAUGUCGAGUUACAUUUGAAAAUUGGCCAAAUUUAGAAUGUCAUCUAUAUAAUGAUCACGUAACAAAUAAUGUAGAACCUGUAUGCUGGCGAUGUCAAGGUAUAUUCAAAAAUCAUGCUGUUCUUCUAGCACACGAAUGCUUUGAUUGGGGUCGACUAUAUUUACCUUGUACAGUAUAUAUGAAUAAAUCAUUGAAAAGCUUUCAUAAAUUUUCGAAAAUUGAUCUAGAAAAGAAACAAUUUCCCAUGGAUGGUGUAUUUUUAAGUAGACGUUGUGGAUUAUGCUAUAAAUCUAAUGUUACGUUCACAACAUAUGAUGCAUUUGAAAAACAUAAAUCAUCUUCACAUUCUACCACAGGGAGAGAUGGCGGUUAUGGACCUCCCACUUCUUGCACAACAACAACAACAUCAACUCAUACUCCGUCGUCAUUAUUGACAUCAACUCGUAAAAAGAAACAGUCAUUAAAGUGCAAUUCACCAUCAGAUGAACAUCCCUCAUCCGAUGUAGCUGUCCGUAGUGUAGUACGUAAUUUAACCGAACAUUUCUAUGCACUAACUUAUCAUCAAGAAGGACGGAAAAGACGUGAACGUAAGAGAAGAGCCGUUUUCGAUAAUAAUCAUAACUCAACAAAAUUUAUCAAAGGUAGCCUAGCCACUGAUUUGUCAACCGAAGAUAAUAUAAACCACACAAAAACUAUGUCAGUAAUAACAACGACAGAAGAUAAUCCUAUCACCAGUACUACUACUACUACUACCAACGGUACUGCUGUUGAUGUCAUUAUCUCUACUAUCACUAACACAAAAGAUGUGGGAGAAAAAGAGACGACACUUACCUCGUUGGAUAUCAGUAACGGUAAUAAUGAUAAUAUUAAUAAUAGUGAUAGUGAACAAAAUAAAAAGUCACCGAAUAACUGUAGUCCAUCGACAUUCUUAACUAGUCUAUUGGUCGCUCAACGGGUUAAACAUAAUCUAACAUUAAAAAAUAAACGUGCUCGCCGUUUAAAAGCAGUUGCUUUUGAAUGUGAUUCUACUGAAAAACAUGUAACUGAUGAGGUUGAUGAACAUUUAAGUACAACAACAGCUCUGUCGUGUGAUGUUCCUCCUUCUCCAUCGAUUGGUAGCUAUAUUUCCGAAAGCGAAAUUCAACUUUAUCAUAACAGACGAAGUUCAUGGUUACAUCGUCAUAAAAACACUAAACGUUUAAAAUUAAAAUUGAAACGCAAAAUGACAAUUAAUGGUCGUCAGAAAGUCAGUGUUUCGACAUCGUUUACUAAUAAUGCAAUUAAAAUUCGACGAUUUAUUUGUAAUCAUUGUUCAGCAGUUUUUCGAUUAUCAUCAAGACUGCGAGCACACUAUUUAUUUCAACACGGUCAUAUCCCAGAAUGUCUCGGAGGCUUAUCACCGAGACCAAAUGAAAUUUUAUUCAAUAAGCAACGGAAUAUUAGCCGCAGUCGUAGUAGUAGCAGUAGUAAUAAUAAUGGUGACAGUAAUAGUAGAAUUAAUCAUACAUCAGAUUGUGCAACGUCUAAAAUAUCAUCACUACAUAGUAGUGAGAAUAUGAGUCCAUCUUUGAAGAUUACUACUGUCACUAACACUACUACUACGACGACGACGCCGAUGACGGUCACUUCCACCUUUGUAUUGUCAAGUAUACCAAAUGAAUCCAGUAACCUUCCUUCUUCAGGAUUGGUCACAAGAUUAAGGAAACGUAAAACUGUUAGUGAUAAUAAUAAUAGUACAACUAUGGAUACUGCUAUUCAGUCAGCAAACCAGUUAACUCAAAAUGCAAGACGGAUUAAGAAACAGACCAAUGAUAUUAUUACAAAUACUCUGAAUAAUAAUCAUAAUAAUGAGAAUGAAAUUACAGGCUUAUUAUAUGAACCUUCACAAACAAAUGAAAUAGAUGAACAAUUAAUUUCUAAAUCAAAUUUACUUUAUAAACAACAUUAUUGUAAUGAAUGUAAUUGUACAUUUAAAAGUGCAUAUAAUUUAAAACGUCAUCAAACAAUUGUACAUUUACAUCAAUAUCGUUAUUUUUGUGGUUAUUGUGAAUUUCGUACUGGUGAACGUUUAGCAUAUGAAGAACAUUUAGCAAGACAUUUUUGUGUAAAACAAUUUAUUUGUGAAAUAUGUAAUGCACGUUUUACAAUUAAACAUGAAUUAGAUGAUCAUAGAGCAUUUAAACAUUCGAAUGAACGAAAUUUCGCUUGUACUGAAUGUGAUCAAAGAUUCAAGACUGCGGGCACACUAUGGCGACAUAAAAAAACACAUGAGAAACGUGUUUAUCAUUUAUGUCCAAUUUGUUCAACAUCAUUUACACGUUUGUCAAAUUUAAAUCGUCAUCUCUUACGAACCCAUAAACAACAACAUUACCAAUCAGUCAAUAACCACAAUGAACUACUUAUGAUAGAUUCCAAUAAGAAAUUAUCAACAAGUCAACGUAGCAGUUCAGUGAAUAAUAAACAAAAAAGGACUAAAAGUCGUCAACCAUGUAGCAAAGUAUUAAGUAAUAUAAAUAAUCAUGAAACUAGUCAUUUAAAUCAAAAUCAUAUAUCAUCAUGUCAACAAACAGUUGAACAAGUUAUUCCUGUUAAAAUCAUUACGCCACAUUUACCUGGAUCUGACCUAUCGUCAAAUCAUCAAACUUUGAUGAACAUUAUUCCUGAUCAGGAUUCGAGAUCUUCCAAAAUAAUCAAUAUUUCUGAUAAUAUCGAUAAAAGUAUUUUAAUCAGUCCGACUAUUUCAACUUCAUGUUCUGACACGUCAUCAUCAUCAUUACCAUCAACCAUACCAAAAAUAUUGCCAACACAAGAUCAAGUCAUUAUGACAACAGAAUGUUCUAUUAUUCCAACUAAUGCCUCUGGAUAUCAAGCAGUUAAUCUUGAAAAUAAUUCUACUGUAUUUAUGUUGAAUUUUAGUGAUUUGGAUGCAAAUAGUCAUGCGUUUUUUGAACCCACCGAUGUACUUAGUGACAGCCAUGAUAAUCUUCAACACAAAAUGAUGAUAGCAGUUCGUGAUCCUGUUUAUGAACAAGCUACAGCGUUUCCAACUUCCUUAGUUGUUUCUUCUUCUUUAUCAUCGUCGUCCAAUGGCACACUAACUUCUCCGACGUUGUCAUCAUCGCCGAAAGUAGCUGGAACCACAAUAACUUUACAGUCGAAUUUAUUAUUACCGAUUCAGCUGACUACUAAUUCAUUUUCUGCGAUAACCACAUCAUCGAUUAGUCAUAAUACCAGUGUAAACUGUGAUGUGAUCACAAAUAACAGUGAUACUAAUUCUUGGUCUACAAUAAUAUCUCGUCAACUAGAACCUAGUCUAUGUUAUUUAAUUACAGCUACUGAAACGAUUGAAAACGGUGUUUUAUACAGUCACGCUAAUGAUACCACAAAUACAGUUGCCAUAACUACCACCACUUCUACUACUACUACUACCACUAGUAAUGAUAAUAAUAGUAAUUUCAGUAGUAAUAAUAAUGACAACAGUAAUCCUACUCAAAUCAGUGAUAAUCUUAGUCAUGGUCCAGAUGUCACUGACCUGAAUGUUAACCAUAAUGAUGAUGUUGUUAGUGGUGUGAAUAUUAUCGAAGAUACACCGCAGUCAAUCUCCUCUGUUGAUAUUUUAAAUUCGCUUCAAACAGAUAUGGUAGAUAAUAUGAUAAAUGGGACAGUAUUGAAAAUUGGUUCUCAAUCUCCACAGUUGUCAUUGGCCAGUGGUAAUUGUAUUUUCUAUGACACACACCGUUCGUCAACUUUAACAACCACACAUUCUUCUUCGGUUUCUGUACCAACUUCAUCUUCCUUGUCUUCCUCAUCUUGUCCUAACUCGUCUUCAUCGUCAUUUGCACCAAUCAAUCAGUCGACAUCGAUAUGGCGUCCUGUUGACUGUGAAACAUCAAUGUUGAAUAAACAAGAAAAUCGUCCAUUUCAAGCUGGUAUCAAUUCACAUUGCUCCACAAUUAAUACAGCUAAUAAUAUUCAUAACAAUAAUCAUACUAGUAACCAUAAUGCAACAUCAGUCCCUUUCACUGGUGAUGAUGGUGAUGCCUAUCCAGUGGAAUAUUAUGACCAGCGAUAUCAUCAGAUUCAACAUGUGUUUCCACUUAUGUCCAAAACACAUGAUAGUUUCAUUUACGAUGGUAGUAACCAUGGUGGCGAUGAUGAUGAUGAUGUUGAUGACGAUGAUGGGGAAGAUGCGGAAGAAGAGGAAAAUGACUAUACUGGUUUGUCAGACAAUCAUGUUUCUACUAACAAUCUAACUAUCAGCAAUAACAACAAAGCCCAUCAAAUAACGACAGAUUUACUGGAUACUAGCGUAAUGCUCUCAUGGAAUCCAACAAAUGAUAACAAUAAUAAUCAUUCAACAGAAUUUUUAGAUUAUCCUCAUUAUUCUCCGAAAUUUCCAUCACCAGAUCCUAACAAUUUGUCUCCUUCAUCAAUUCAUCUUGAUCGACAACAACAUCAACAACCAUUUGAAUUGCUAAAUUUUCCACAAUCUCGUCAUGAUCAGAUAAUAUCAAAUCCGGUAACAAGUCUUACUGGAGUUCUCUCUCCCAGCUCUUUGUUAUCACCAUCAUCAUCUAUAUCGACAUCAACGCCAUCAUCAUCAUCGUCUCUGUUGUAUGAAAACAAUUUCAAUGAUUGUGCUAAUUUCUUAGGACAAUUCUAUCAUCACAAUACAUCUAUUAGUAAUAUCAAUUUAUCAUACAAGAAUAGUUAUAAUACUUUAAGUAAUACACCGAAUAUCAUGCAUAAUAUAGAAAAUAAUUGUUAUCCUUCUGUUCAAUUAAAUGAUCAUGAUGAAAUUCAAGAUGUUACAGAUCAAUGUUCUAAUUUUUCUGUUGGAUAUUUAAUUGGUCAUUCAACUAUGCCUCCAUCAUCAUCGUCAUCUAUAGGAUCAUCCUCUUCUAGAUGUUUAUUAUUACAAACCGGAGAAAAGACAGAAAUUGUAUCAUCAAAUUGUCAGUCUCCUACUAAUACAUCUAAUUUAAUUACCGGUAAUAUAAAUUAUUUAAAUUCACCACAAUCAUCUCUCACAUUAUCUGAUCAUCAUAAUCUCAGUCAACAACAACAACAUGAUCUUACAUCAAUAUCUCAGUUGAAUUUCUCAAAAGAUCCUGUUGAUUAUGAGUUUGUUAUAUAA